GAAGCACACUUAGUUACUUCACUACGUACACUUAUGUGUCACAACCACUGCUGAGUGCUGAGCGGAGAUGGGCGGCAUGGGCGGCCUGCACCGUCACGCCCGGGCACUGCAGUCCGGGGCCAAGUUCGACGCUCUGGUGGUGGGCGGAGGCCACAAUGGACUGGUGGCAGCGGCCUACCUCGCCAAGGCUGGGCGGCGGGUGUGCCUGCUGGAGCGCCGACACAUGCUGGGCGGUGCCGCAGUCACCGAGGAGAUAGUGCCGGGCUUCAAGUUCUCCCGGGCCUCCUACGUGCUGGGUCUCCUCAGGCCGAAGGUGUUUCAGGAUUUGGAGUUGGAGCGCCACGGACUGAAGGUGUACCCGCGUGACCCCAGCUCCUACACGCCCUUGAGGGAGGAGUGCUGGGGGCGGGGCGGACGCUCCCUCACGCUGGGGCCUCAGGAAGACAUGAACCGCCAACAGGUCUCCCAGUUCUCAGCGAGGGAUGCAGAGGCCUUGCCAAAGCUGGAAACCCUUCUGAACAAGUUUGCCGAGGCCAUCGCACCGCUCCUGGACAGCCCGCCUCCGGACCUUAAUAACUUCUUUGGCGCAGGGCUGAAGGGCAAGGUCAGGGAGCUGUCAUCCAUGAGCCCCUUGGUCAAAACAGCGGCAGCCCUGGGCCAAGACUUCCCCCAGUUCUGUGAGUUGCUGACGGCCCCCACCACCAAAAUCCUGGACCGCUGGCUGGAGUCGGAGCCCCUCAAGGCCACGCUGGCGACGGACAGUGUCAUCGGCACCAUGAUAAGCCCCGACACACCAGGCAGUGGGUACGUGUUGCUGCACCACGUGAUGGCCCAGGCGUGUGGGAUGAAGGGGGCGUGGGGCUACCCCGAGGGAGGCAUGGGAGGGGUCACCCAGGCCAUGGCUCGGGCUGCCACGGAGGCUGGGGCGCACCUCUACACCAGCAAGCCCGUGAAAAGGAUCUUGCUGGGGGAGGCGCAGGAGGCGGUGGGGGUGGAGCUGGAGGAGGGCGGCCGCAUCUACGCUGACACAGUGCUCUCCAACGCCACGGCUCACACCACCUUCCUGGGGCUGCUGCCGGAGGGUGUGUUGCCCCCAGAGUUUGAGGACACCAUCAGGGGCAUCAACUACACCUCCCCUGUAUGCAAGAUCAAUGUCGCCCUUAAGUCGCUGCCCAACUUCAAGGCCGACCCCAACAGCAGCGUCGGCAGCGUCAUGCCCCACCACCGCUGCACCAUCCACCUCAACUGUGAGCGGACUGAGCUGCUGAAUGAAGCCUACACGCAGGCAUGCCGCGGCCACAUCCCGGAUAACCCCAUGAUAGAGAUGACCCUUCCGAGCAGCUGCGACCCCACGUUGGCGCCCCCUGGCUGCCACGUGGCCCUCUUCUUCACACAGUAUCUGCCGUACACUCUUGCCGACGGGCGGACAUGGGAUGAUAAGACCAAGGAGGAGUAUGCCAAGCAGAUCUUCAGUGUGGUGGACGAGUAUGCGCCAGGCUUCAGUGACAGUGUGGUGGGCUAUGAGGUCCUGCCGCCGCCUGAUCUGGAGAGGGUGUUUGGCCUGACCGGAGGAAACAUCUUCCAAGGGGCCAUGUCUCUGGACCAGCUGUUUGUGUCCCGGCCGUCUCCGCUGCAAGUCGGCCCCGCCACUCCCAUCCGCGGCCUGCUGCUGUGUGGGGCCGCGGCACACCCGGGCGGGGGCGUCAUGGGGGCCCCGGGUAGGCUGGCGGCCCUCGCGGCUCUGAAGGGGUAGCUGAUGCAGGGGGGGCUGGUGGGGGGUUGUUGUUGUUGUUGUUGAGGUUGUUAUUGUUGUUGUUGAUACUGUGGGCUGUGUAUAGUCUAGUUGUGGUGCUAUAGGUUGUUAGUGGCUGAAUUUCUUGUUGAUGUUGUUACUGGGGAUAUUUUCAAAGGCUAGUGUGCUAAAGUUUGUGGAAGAUCAUAUCAGUGCUAGUUUAGGGAUCUUCAGAGGAUCUCAGAGACAUUUCAAUACACUAUGUUCAUAUAAAUAGCUACAUCAUUCCAAAAACUAGAAUCUACACACUUAAACUCCAUAGACAGGUUCUCCUUCCACCUGAUAACCAUUGUAAUAACACUGAGUUCACAGCUAUGUCCAUACGCCUAGGCUUAGAACCCAUAUUCCCAAAGACAGGUUGUUCUUCCUACUGGUGCUCAAACAUAAAACUCAGGUACUUAUUGCCAUUUAUUAAAGAGGUUUUGGUGUUGUGAUAGCAAGGGAACUUAUGUAUUGCUGUUCUUAUUAGAGUAUGAUCAGAACCUUGACACUGAACCCUAUAGACAGGUUCUUCUUACUGGUGCUUGUAAUGAAGACUCAGGUACUAAUUGUCAUUUAUUAAAGAGGUUUUGGUGUUUGAUAGCAAGGGAACUUUAUAUUGUUGUUUUAUAAGCAUAUGAUCAGAACCUACAUGCUCAACCCCUAGUCAAGUUCUCCUUCCUACUGGUUGGUGCUCAUAUUGAAAACUCAGGUACUUAUGGGCAUUUAUUUUUUUCUGUAUUUUAAGAUGUUUCAGGUGUGAUAUUGUUAUGAGAGUAUAAUUUGUAUCCAUGUAGACAAUUGAUAGUAGCUCUGUUGAAAUACUUUAGGAACAAGACAGUAUACAUGAUUCCAACUUAGAAGACGCUGGGAAUAUAUUUUCAAAGGUGUCUCGGCUAAUAUUUUUGUACGAAGGUAGAUUUUGUACCCAUAUAGACUAUAGAACCCUCUUGUAUAUUUUGGGAACAAGGCAGUAUACAUGAUUCCAACUUAAAAGACACAGGGAAUAUAUUUUCAAAGAUGUCUCUGCCAAUAUUUUCGUAUAAAAGUGUAUUCUGUAUCCAUAUAGACAAUUGGACCCACUUCGGUGCUUAAUAUUUGGACAUAAUAGUUGUUAUAUUUUGUGACCAAGACACAACACUUUAGGAGACACUCUGGCAAUAUAUAUUUAAAGAUGUCUCCGUAUAUUUUCUUAUAAGCGUAUAUUUUGUUACCAUACAGACAAUAGGACCCACUUACAUGUUGGAUAUGUGGACAGAUGAUUGCACUGUUCAUAUACUAUGGGACCAAGACAAUAUUCAUUAAUUUAACUAAGAAAACACACUGGGAAUAUAUUUUCAAAGUUAUCUCACCUGUUACCUUGUUAUAAGAGUAUAUUUUGUAUGCAUAUCAUCUGUAAAACUAUAGUGAUGAGUUAGAAUCACUAAUAGUAACUACAUGUGGGAAUAUAUAUAUUUUUGUUUAUGAGUUAUCAAAAGGUUUAUGUAAUGGAGUUUUAGCCAAAUUAUAUAUAACUCAAAUGCCUU